AUGCCAACCACCAACCCCGCAUUGAUUCAAGAUAUCCCGCGAUCUCGCGGCGAACCGCCUCCGUUAUUCUUGAUCCACGAUGCCAGUGGCCUCUUAACAAGUUACUUCAAACUCGGCUCACUAGCGCGACGCGUAUACGGAAUAUGGGAUCCCAAGUUCGAUGCAGAUGGUAUUGGCGGGUGGCAAAGCGUUCACGCCAUUGCUGAAGCUUACAUUCGUCUCAUAAAGCGGGUGAUGCUAAGAGGUGAAAUUGUUCUUGGUGGUUGGUCAUUUGGCGGCGUUCUUUCGGUUCAGAUUGCACAUAUGCUGACGACGUCAGGUAGAGGACUGCGAGUAUCUCGAAUUGUCCUUAUCGACUCUGUUUACCCCCGCUGCCCGCGGCCGGAAGCCCAGAAGGAACCUGCGAAACUGCAUCAUGCCCCUGAACUACCUGGAGUUAGUCAGGAAACGCGCGAAAAGCUCAUGACAGCGCUUAUGAGAGCAACUUGCCUUUCAGAUCAGUGGGAUCCGCCCAGGUGGUCAAUGCCACGCUCUGGACUGCUCGGUGCAACGCGAUCAUAUGGGGUUGACCCAUCACCACCACAUACUGUAUUAAUUAAAGCUAAGGAUAUGGUUCCUAUGUCAGAACCAGGUGAGAAGUGCCCACUCGACAGAACUAGGUUUCUCCCACAGCUCGGAUGGGAGGACAUGCAGGAAGGCUUUGUUGAGCAUAUCCUUGAAACGUCUGGAAACCACUAUAGCAUUUUCGACCAGGAACAUAUCAAUAUUAUCACAGCAAAUGUUAGGAAAGCCCUCGAUAUGAGUCUAGAUUAG